AAAAUGUGAAGUGAGUGAAGCUUUGUGAAAAGCUUAAUUUUCUUUCAGUUUCUCGUACCGUAUGAGUGUUCUUAUUUGAAGACGAGAUGUAGGUCAAAAUUUUGGUAUUAUUUUGUAACUGAUCUUUCAGUGCAAAGUAUCUGUGUUCAUCUUGUGAAGAAACUUUUGCCCACUUCUGAUCGAGGAAUGUUCCACAACCUAUCAUGAGUAGUAGCAAUCAAGACGAUGAAGAUGAUAUUUAUGAAGAUUUACCAGAUUUCCAGUUAGAUGAAACUAUAUCAAAGUUGGAAGAAGCAAACUCUAGUCUACAAAAAAGACUUGCUGAAUUACAGGAUGUAAUCGUUGAUCUUAAUAAAGAAAUUAAAUCUUUGCAUCGAGAGAGGUCACACCUGAAGUCUCAGAAUGCUACAUUGUCAACAAACAUUUCAAGUCUUUACAAGACUGCGAUUUCUGAAGUCAAGCGAAAAGACAACAUCAUCAAAGAACUACGGGAAGAGAAUUACACAUUUCUCAAAAACCAGCAGUCUAAAGCCUCGCAAAAAAAUGGUCAGCAGGUUGUGUCCUCUGAAAGGAACGGCAGGGACUCUCGAGAUUACUCAAAUCAUGACAGAAGAGAAUCGCAUCUCAACGGGAGCUCACGUCAUUCGAAAAAUGAUACUAGAGACCGACACCAAAUGCAAUUACGGAAAGAGUCGCGUUCAAUGGAGCGGCGGCGUUCUAGAAGUCAUUCACCAAGAAAGUUUCCUGGAAAAGAUUCCAAGGAAAAUAAUCGCACUCCUCUGCAACAUUCCUCGAAGCCUGCAAAGUCUGGUGAAAAAUCCUCUGUGUCAGAACAUGCUAAUAAGGAUGAACAUCCUUCCACUUGUGCCCUGAAAGAAAGGAAAAACUUUUCCUGCGAUCAGGAUCAAAAAACUCCCUCCACAUCAAGCUCAAAAGUAGUUGAAAAUGCAGGCGCUGCUUCCGUCAAAACAAAGAGUAACAACAGGACUUACAACAAAAAUUUAGUUAUAGUAGAUAAAUCAGUUCCUAACACAAUAUAUACUAAACGUUUGAGGAAAAGAAUUUUGGACGAAAUGGAGCGAGAGAGCCAAGCCUCAGAUUCACCAUCAGUUGACAACCAAAAGGAACCUACUGAGAAUGUGAAGCAAGCAGAAUCUAGUUUAGUUGAUGUGCCUCCUGUUAAUAGCAAAGUAGUAAAUUGUGAGCAAAAUCAAUCCGUCUCUAUAUUAAACACCGACCGUCAGUCAGAUGCCUCUGUUGAGAAAAAGUCAGCAUCUCGAGAAGGACAAGAACAUCCACCCGUACCCACUCCCAUGAAAUCAGCUCACGCUCAACAUGUCAUCAAGUCUGUUCCAAAGAAAUCUGAAGAGAAAGAGAGUUCGGUGGAAAGUCCAGCUCAUGCUGCAUCACUUGCUGCCGAAACGCUAGUCAAAGUUGGUCAGUGCAAUAAGUUAAAUGAUGAAGUAGUCUCUUCAAUUACUUCACAAGAACUUCAAAGUAUACUACUUUCAAGUAUGAACCUCCAAAAAAUCAGUGAAUCAGUAAAUACAACUAGUAACCAGUUAAAUGUAAGUUCUGAUGCGAGUAAAAAUCAAGAAGUAAAAGAAGAAUUUAAGUCAAAUAGUGUUUUUGAAAAGAAGUCCUCCGUGUCACCUGUCAAUUUAGUUGCCCCGUCUUUAGAAAAUGUUUCGUCGAAUAGUGGAUCAUCGUCACUGUCCAGUUCUUUAUCUAACGGUCAUUGUUUCAAAAAGUUCAAAAAAGAUGGAAAAACAAGGAUCAACCCUAUUUAUAUUGGACCAAGAAUCUUGACUCAGAAAGGCAAGAAUGAUAAAAAGAACUCAAACUCAGUACGUCCAGUUACGUCCUUGUAUUCUAACCUUACUAAUCCAAGAAGUCCCAAAGCAGGUAGAGGAAUGGUAAAAACUUUCAGUACUCCAGAAACUCAAACAAAGACUGAUACAGACCCAGUUGUCAAAGAUAAAUUAUUUUCUCUCUUUGGAAAAACCCCGGAUAAUAAAGAACCGUUCAUCUCUAGUAAUAGUGUUUUUUCAGAAAAUUCAUUGACAAAUUUCUCGUUCCUCUCAUCAAGUGACAGCCCCAAGUCUGGAAAAAAUACAUCUCCAGAAAUAGUUUUGAAAUCUGCUCCUUCUGAUGAAGUAACCAACCGUCAAGUGAUCCUAGAAAAUCAACCUAAACGUGCUCCCUCUAGCACUGAAGUUUCGGAGAGCUUACAAUCCAGGGAGGAGCAAAUGGCAUCUCUCUUUGGAGAUGUUUCAUCUGAUUCUUCAGAUGUAGAAAUUUCUAAUUUGAGUCAUAGUAAACAAAUUGUCAAGGAUAGUCGGCAGGUAAAACAUCCCCCUAAAAUGCCGAACACCAGAAUUUCUUCCUCCUCCCAGCAAAUAGACAUUAAAGUCAAUGACUGUAGCGUUCCAACAGCAAUUGUAACGUCGAACCUGAAGGCACCUGAAAUGAGCCCUCUCUACAAAACCCCACAAAACAGUUUGGAGGUAACGCCAAAUGCUCCUGAUUCCAGCUUGGAAAGGCGGUCUUUCAACCUAUCCCAGAUUUGCAUUUCCAUCACACCUUUCAAAAAUAUCCUCGAUUCUUCAAGCCUCCCAUUCACACCAGCCAGAGAAGCUCUAUCUCCCAUUCCUCCAACGCCAAUGGAAGUUGUCAAGAAAGAAGACUCAGCAACCCAAGCAAAAUGUAGUAACAGCUCGUUUGAAAAAUUAGAAGCAGGUCUUAUGAUCAACAAAGUCUCACCAACAGUUAAAUCUAUGCUUCCAAUGCAACCAAAGGCAGAGAUCAUUCAGAGCUAUCUACCAAAAUCUACAUCUACCUUAGUCAAUAUUAGAACUCCAACGAAUACCAAUUUGGAACAUUCAGAAAUUUCGACUGAGACAGGCACAAAAAAUAGGUCCUUUGACCUCUCUAAAAUCCCGUGCAUGCAAACACCUUUCAAGAACAACAGUGCUGAUCUAUUGGUGAGCACACCGGCUCAAGCUAUUUUGUCACCCAUCCCACCCACCCCACAUGGAGCUCUAAGUAAGGCAGCAGGCUUGAAAUCAACAGAAAGUUCAUCAAACUCUAGCGGUGAAAGCAAGUCAUUAGAUCUCUUGAAAAUUCCAGUCAUGCACACACCGUUUAAGAACGAUGAUACCAAUCCACUGAUCUGCACGCCGGCUCAAGCAAUUUUGUCCCCCAUUCCUCCCACUCCUCAUGGAAUGGCUGGUAAAAUCUCGGAGAAAUCUGAAAGCUCUGAUCUGUUUAAAAUAAUUAAAAUUCCAGAUUCGACAGGUUCGCCAAUGCUGAUUAAAAACAAUAUAAACAGCAAAUUUGAAGGUUUAGGUUCGUCAGAACAAAAAAUAGAAAUGGACAGCAAAAAAGAUGAAAAACCAUUAAGCUUUGAAGAUGGGAACUCGAAUCUUUCUGUCAAUUCUAUUUCAGACAAGAAACUGUUUUUAUCUCCGGGCGAUGUCUCAACUGCUGCUUGCUACACGCCCUUUAAAACUUUUAGUAGUGAUUCUUUGCAAAGUUUUAUGCGUACGCCUGCACGAGAACUUCUCUCCCCGAUCCCAAAAACCCCACUUGGUUCCUGGGAUAUUGAUAAUGAAAAAACGAACAGUUGUGAUGUAGGAUCAGAAAAUAAUCCAAAUAACUCUCUGUUACCCCGAGAGGAUAUUUAUGAGAAAAAUUUGGCAGUAAUCAAGUCGAACAGCGCAAGAAAUCAGCCUGCUGUACCUUUAUCUUCACCUCCAAAAGAAGAAGGUAAACUGCUCCCAUCAGUCAAUAAGUAUUUCAUUACUCAAAACAAAGAACCCUGCUCUAAAGUAAUUCAGCCAUCCAGGAAUGCAAGCUUGAGCAAACAGCAAAUUGCUGAUGCCUCUACAAUUCCCAGUGUUGCACUUAGAAGUACAUUAGUUACGGACAGGGGUUCACUUUCUAAUACUAGAAGAAUCAAUAGUGUAAGGAACAGAAUUUCUGAGGAAAACUCUACUUCAAGCAAGGAAAAAAUUGUCAAAGACUCUUCAAUUUGCAAUUUUGAGAAACCAUCCACUGUGAUAGAUAAAUGUGCUGUCUUCCAUAGAGAUAAAUCGAGCAUAAACAUGACCCCAACUCGUGUAGCAGAAACGAUUCAAAGUGUAGAAAAAUCUAUAAGCAUCUCCUCCCCUCCUGCAACUACAACAAUUAAAUCCAAGUUUUCUAACGACAGUAAUUCAUUCCUGGACAUCAAACCUGUCGCCCGCAGAAGCACUUUGCAACCUAAAAGUAAAUUGGAGGUACCGAGUGUUGUAGAUUCUCAUGAUACUUUAUCUCAUCAUGCUUGUACCUCUGAAGGUGUGCAUCGCAAAAUGAAAGUAGAACCUGAAGCCACGCAUUCACCAAAUAACCCAGAGAAAUCUGUGAAACAACCUCAAACUGUAUCAAAUAUUCAAGGGUCAUAUGUUGGUCCUGUUAAUACCCCCAGUACGGUUUCUACGGUGCGUAAGACUAGCCCUGAGGGCUCUGACAUUUCAGAGAGCAAUAUCUCAAUUAGUUCAGUGAGUGAGCAGAUACCUUUCCAGAGAAGCUCACGAAAAGUGCGCAAAGUUCUAAUAUGUUCGAAUAGUGUUUUGCCCUCUGAGAAAGAUGUUCGUCAGACAACUCUCCGAACCUUCAAAAAGUUCUGUCCCAGCCCAGCGAAUGAUUUGAAACCCAGUGAGGCCUCUCAGCAAGCCUUACAUGUUUGCCGCACUCCCUCGGAUUCGGUUUUGCAAAACAACCAAAGUGAAAAUGUUAAUUGCAAUACUUCAACCAUUCGUGUGAAACCCUCAGUCCUUCAGUCAGAUAAAGCAUCAUUGUUACCAUGUCGUUUGCCCUCUGAGAAAAGUGUUUCUGAGAUAACUCUCCAAACCCACAAAAAGUUCUGUCCUAGCUCACCCAAUGAUUUGGAACCCAGUGGAGCCUCUCAGCAAACCUCACAUGUUCUGCGCUUUCCCUCGGAUUCGGUUUUACAAAACAACCAAAGUGGAAAUGUUAGUUGCAAUACUUCAACCAUUAGUGUGAAACCCUCAGUCCUUCAAUCAGAUAAACUGUCACCUAAUAAGUCAGCCUCAGAAGCAACUCAGGGUCGUAGAGCAGUUUUGCUUCCAAUGGACAUCGCAAAUAAUAUUAUUAGGAAUUCACAACAAAAAUCAAGGAACCGUCGGAAUGAUGCAAUCAGUAUAUUCAAAGCCAAACGGUCAAGGUCACCAUCUGUAGGCGAAAGUGACAUUAAUUCCAAGAGGUUUAAAAGUAUAUCCCAGAAAGAUGAGCCAAAGACAAAAUUUAAAGCUCCUGUCUGCUCGACAAGAAAACAGGCACCAGAUCCUGCACAGAAUGAGCGAAGGGAUAAAAUCAGAAAUUCUAGGUCGUCUCAUCGAAAGUCCGUCGAUCGGAGUUCAAAGGAUACAAGGAGAUACAAUAAUGUUGCACCAUCACAUCGACUUCAUGAUCGGAGGUCUCGCAGCGUAUCAAGAUGUAGGUUGAACUAUAGACGCUCUGUUAGUCGAAAUUUAGGUAGUAACUACUUAUCUCGCGCUGAAGGAAGAAGUAAACAAGUGAAGCAGCCUCAUUCAAAACGAACAUCCUCUAGCGUUGAAUCAUCUCCACCAUCUACUUCCUCAGAGUCCAAGAAAGAAAACCGGGUGGACAGAUUCCCUUCAAAAUCCUCUGCCAAGCCAAAGAAGACUGAAUUGAUCUCAAACCCAAUGAAAAUAAAAUCUCCCAACAAAGAUUUAGCCCUGAAGCAAAAAAUUACACUUGUAGCCCCCCGUAAGGAACGAGAAAGAACUGCCUCUUUUAACUCAAGUCUGUCCUCUGUCUCAACGAGCGAUGCUCUUGGCAAGAAUGAGCCCCUCUCUUUUGUAGAUUGGAAGCUGAAGAACAUCGAUUUACCAGAUGUGCAGAAGCGUUAUAAAGCAGUUUACCUCUCCGCUGCAAAUAAAAACAUCUUUCUUCCGACAGAUCCACGUAUCUAUAGACAGGUAAAUGCACCAGCCGUGGAAGGAAAGCCCCAUGGCCCACAAGCUUCGUCAACCCCUAAAACGAUCAAGCGUAAAACAAAGAAUGUAACUUUAGGAGACUCAACACAGGUUGUCUCUCCUAUCAAGCCAAUGAACUCAGCCGUUACUACAGCUCCUAAUAAAGCUCAUAAUUCUCCAAAUCCCUCUUGAAGAAUGUUACUGUUUCAACUCCUAGUGUCUGUGUAGAAAUUAUUGUGUCUUCUUCAAAGCUGGCGCCAACACCCAAUCCGUGGAAAAAUGUAGAAAGAUAUUUUUAAGAAGAACCUGCUGAUGGUUAUUUAUAGACUCAAAAAAGGAUUUAAUUCUGUGCAGAUUGAAAUCAGAUUUUAUGUACUCAGUAACAUUUGUAUGAGAGAGGGUGAAUUGGUUCUGUGUAUUUCCAACUUACCACAUCCUUUUUUCUCGAGGAAAUUUUUGGGACUGCCUGUCAAGUAUGUUCUCCAACUUUUAAGUCUUCCAUAAAGCAGAUCUUAAGUAGCCUGAAAGCCCUUUUCCUCUCCAAGUGUCUUUUUUUUCUGUCAAUUACAGUUGGAAGGACUCUCUGUACACUAGCCAAAGUGCUCAUACAAGCAUCAUGAAAAUGGUCAAGCACUCAACUUGGCAAAGAGCCCCUGCUAUAGCACUCACAUCUCCAGCGGUACCCUGAGGUAUUGUCAAUACUAAAUGAUGAGGAAAAUUGGAGAAGGAAGGCUCUGGUGUGUUUUGUUCUGCAGAACAAUACAAGGUUUAAGCCAAGGAGUCAGACUUUAUUAUUGCCAGGUAAAGUCGACCAUUUUCAUGGUGUGUACAUUCCAGCUGAAAAGGCCGGGUUCUUCUAAUACCAGCCAUUACCUUGAAGAGAUACAUCCUUUCCUACAGUGAAAGGAUCUUCAUUGUUUCCAAUGUAUUUCAAAUGAAGUAAAAUUCCCAUUUAAUUUGCACCUGCUUUGGUAAAAUAGUUGUGAUCUGUCUCAAGAAUCAUUUGGCAUAUGGAAGUAGUAGAGGGCUCAAGGCCAAAAAUGCAUCAUGAUCUCAUUGUCCAGUACUGUUUUCUUCUUUCUCUCAUAUGCACUAGCUCAUCAUAUCAGUAUUUCAUAUUUAAAAUGUCGCAUCAUAAAUCUUUUAAAUAUUUGAGAUUUUAUCGCUGAAUCGUUUUAAUGGAUCAACCAAUUUUUCUUUUUCUGGUUUGAUUUCUUUGCCCUGAGAAUGCUCUUAUAAUUUAAGUGUUUUCUCUUCACCAACAUCAGCAUUCUCACGUUAAAAAAACCAAGUGGCAGGAAAUACUUCAUCAAAGAGUUAAAGGGCAUAUCUUAAAAUACUCAGAAUUUUUCCUAAAUAUUUCUUUUCUUUUCUUUCCAGUCAAUGCUCUUGUUUGCAAUUUUUAAUUCAAUAUUUUUUUUUCAUGACGACAAAAAAAUUGUUCACAACAAAACAUUAUUGAUUACUUUAUUUCAGAUUUUGAGUUAUGUCUUUGAUAUUUUGUUACAACUUAUUAGGGAAGCACUUUGCUGUAUUUCCAAGUGUCUAUACUAUAUCAGUAGGAAGUUGUAUUUAAAGUUUAGAGUACAAAUAAGCAUUAAUUUUUUCUAAGAAAAAAUCGAGUAUUAAGAAAACGUGAAGUCUUGAAAGGAGGUAACAGAAGAUCAGUAUACAGGCUUUGGUGAGGAACACUUUUGACUGGAAAAUUUCCCUGCUACAUUUAUUGUUUCAAGUAGAACCUUUUUUUUCAUUCUGCAUUGAUGUCUCUGUUUUCAUUCCUAGCUCUUGCGCCAACCAGUCUAGUUUCUCUGGAUCUGUGUGCAAGCAUGAGACUUCAUGUGAGAUUCAUUAAUCUAUGGUAAAUUAUAACAAAAUAUGAGGAAAAUAGUCUGUCACAUCCCAUUGUAGUAACUCUUUAAGAAAAUCAGCAAGUGCCUUUCUUUUCUGUAUCUGUACUCUCUAAAACGGUAUGGUCGAUUUUAUCUUUUCUAGGCAUUUUUGUUUCUAAUGUCACUCAGUACCUUAUCUAAGAAUUUAAUUUUGUAUUUCAACUCCUCUUUUCCAGAAUAUUCCUUGUGUGCCAUUACACACAGGUUUUUAUUUCUGCUUGUAAAAACUUGUCUCUUGUUUUCAUUUUUAGUUUUUAAUUCUAAUAAUUGUACAACCCUGAUUGUUGGCAGAGUUUUAAUUAUCCUAUGAAUGAACUUUAAUUUGUUUGAUGCUAGCCAUCAGUAAGAAUACCAUUGAUGCAUUGGAUGUUGGAAGACGCUUUCAAAUGUCUUGUUUUAAAUCAUCUCAAACUCAUAGUUUUAGUUUUAUUUAGGUACAUUAAUUUCCGCUGAAUCACCUUCUUUUUUUCUUUAAAUCGUAGUAUCAGCUCUGAUGAAUAAGACUUGAAGUAUCAUUGCUUUGAGCAGUCUUCAGUGUCCACCAACUUUGAUAGUUGUACCUUGCAUAGUAGUUUUAUCUACAAGCCAUCCUGCGCUGCAAGUUAAUGAGGACUUUAUUAUAGCUUUACAAGGAGUUGUCAGUCAUUAAAGGACUGAGAGAAUCAUGGCAAUUGAAACAAUGCUGGUGCUUUUUGAAGUGUAGCAAUUGAGAUUCAAUGACUCGGACAACUAGUAUGUGUCAGCUUUGUAAAGCUGUGAAGAUAGUCCAACUUGGUACGUGAUGUGCAAUACAUUAAAAAAAUAUCAGUUUUACUACUCGCUUUUCUGUUAAAAUAAUAUUGUUGAACUUCAGUAAGAUCUUUUGGCUUGAUAUAAAUUGUAUGCAAAGUUGUACAAUCUCAGUGUCAUAACGAAGCAUCAUAUGAGCUUGUUGUGAAUGACUUUUCAAUUCCCAUGUUCUUCAGUGUGGCUAGCUUGCAUCAGAGUAGAUUUUAUGUACUAUGAAGAAGUGCACAGGAGCAAUUUAUGCUGUCAAGGCUUUUUCUUGAAAGCGUCUUUUUUGUACUCAAUGCUUCAAUUGUGUUGUGAAGCAUUUGUAAAAAUAACUGUAAAUAAGGAAGAUCUAGUCUAUUUUUUCAACAGGUUUUGAAGUUUGAUAAUAUAAAAUUGGUUCAAUACUUUA